AUGCCACCACCUCCGUCUGGACAAUCAAACCCAACAAAUCGACCUCCAACUACCUCGUCCUCUCACCCAGUUUCAGGCAAUGAGGCAGAUGGUGUUUGGUCCACAGAAAUCGAACAAUACUUUCAGGAAGCCCUGGAGCUCUACCCGCCCUGUGGUAGAAGAAAAAUUAUUUUAGCAGAGGAGGGCAAGAUGUAUGGUCGCAACGAGCUGAUUGCCCGGUACAUCCAGCAACGAACAGGAAAAGUCCGAACACGAAAGCAGGUCUCCAGCCACAUACAGGUGCUGGCCCGUCGCAAGUCAAAGGAACUGCAGGCCAAAAUUCGCGACCCCGACGUCAAGAAGGAGGCGAUCAGUCAGCUCGCCAAGCUUUCCUCGGCUCAGAUUGUCUCCCGAGAUGUUGCCAAGGGGUUACAAACCGAAAGCGAGAUCAAGUUCCAUCAACAGCCCCAUCAUCAGCAUCAGCGGCGCUCGGAGCUGUCUCUCCCAUCCCCCUCUUCCUCCACCUCAUCCUCCGCUAACCAACUACACAACUUCCACGGACAUCCACCAGCCCACCAUCAAGUGCCCUACAGACAGUCUAAUUCCGCCCGAAAGUCACCCAUUUCUGAGGGGGCCACUCAAAGAAAAAUUAUGCGGAUAGCAGGUUUGUGA